AUGAGUGCAGCCGAAGCUGGGCCAGCGGCAGCUGUGUCAAAGCCAGGCAAGUGUGAGCACAUGCUUUUGCUGGGAAACCAGACGCACGUCAUACAGCACGAGUGGAGACCAGACAAGAGCCGCGGAGAGGUGCUGCUGAUCACAACUCUCGUCGACAAGAAGAGCCCCAACAGGUCUUCGAACAAGCAACAGGUCUUUGUUGCCAACACCGAAGAACGUGUAGCCUCAAAAGCCUUAGAGAUGGCUCACAGGCUUCUCAAGAACAAGCGCGAAAGGUGGGAGAAGGCUCACGGGCGUUCCGGUGGCAGCAGAAGCAGCGGCGGUGGCGCUAGGAGGAAUGCCGACAGAGAGGUAGCCGACCUCUUCAUGGCGGCUUUGCGAGGAUGUGGCAGGACCCGAUCCGGGUCGACGAUAAGCGAGCCAGCUGAGCCGACGGCGCCGGCUGACUGGCGCCAGCAGUCUACGGAAACGUUUAUCGCGUCCAUGGACAGCAUGGGGUAUGACAAGGCGCUGCAUCACUUGGAAGGCACCGGCUCAAAGUUUGCGAAGGAGACGCGUGUUCGCUUGCGAGAGUUAGAAGCCAAGGUCAGCACAGCGGUCUCGUUAGAGCGAGCCCUCGAGCAAGCGCAAAGGCAACGUAGAACCAAGGAGGGUAGCCGCACGUUUCAAACGAUCCUCACCGCUGCGGCAUUUCCCGUGGACGACGUAGACGGGACUCCAUCGGUGUCAGCAAGACGUAGGGCAGCGGCGCUGGAUGUUCGCGAGCAAGCCUUCAACUUUGCGGCGGAGCGCGCCAAGAAAUUGCUGUCCGAUCUCCAACCAACCGAGGCGAUAAAGCACGGUGUCUACUGGUUUUGGCCCCGAGCUAAGCAAGGCAAUGCCGCCAGCGAAGAGCUGCUGGAGUUGAUGAGACAGUACUGGCACACGGACGAGGUGUCACGCCAGCAUGGCAACCCCAAGGUCAACUUGCGGGCAGCGGACCCAGAGGGUGACAGUUGGAUGGGGCGGAAACCGGAGUGCAACGCUUUGGACUGCGCUAUGUGUGGGUUCGGGGGGACUGACGGCAUUCCCAUCUGCAGCAAGCUGGAGACCUCCGAGCAGACGGUGGUGUGGAAGAUGUUCGAGGACGUGAUAACUGUGCCUGCAUCAGCGGAUGGGAAGAUCAAGGCCAAGAAACUCGCCAACCAGACGGUGCCGAAGGAGGGCAAGCUUUGCGAUCUUUGGUUGGCUUUCAAAGAGUACACCAAGCUGUACAUGGCUCACCACUCUAUCGCCAAGUGGCAAAGGCACUGCCACGGGCGUUGCUUGGAGACGUUUCAGGACGGUGACCUUGUCAUCGAGACCGACUUUGCCGAGAAGUAUACCCACCAAUCAUACGUCAGCAUGAUGAUGCCUGUUUACCCGCAGACAACGCUCAUGGUGGCCAUCGUCCACUUCAACCCGCAGACACACGUGGGGGGUGGCAGGGACGGCGAUUUCCACCUGCACGGCUUGGCCAGGAUGGUGGACCACUACCUGCGUGGAGAUGGGAGCGAACCAACAGCUGCCGCCCGGAAAGAAGGCAGGACGCCUAGGAUUCACAUCUUUACCGAUGGGUGCGGGAAGCAGAACAAGGGAAGGCGGAAUUUCCGCUUUUUGGCCGACAGCGUCCCGCAACAUGGCUUGUUUAUCGACCACCACUUCGCGGCCACAUCUCACUUCAAAGGUUGCCAUGAUGAGAUCGGCAGAGUCGCACAGAACGCCAUGAAGAGGAGGGAGAGAUUUGGCAAGAAAAUCAUGGGGGCGGACGGGGUGGUCAGCUUUUUGCGAAGCUUCUUUCGGGAGAAGGCAGGCAGCGAGGAGGAGGAGGGUAUUCGGAGAGGGUACCACUUUGCGGGAGCAAACACUCCCAAGUGGGAUGGGUCCACCUCAACCAAGGGCCGCGAAGAUGACUGCAAGCUUGUGCUGAAGAGCGAGGGGCAGGGCCAGUUGUCGAGUCUAGAGAAGAGCCGGUUGCGGGAAGUCAAGGUGUUGGGUGCAGUAGCGAGCAGAUGGAAGGGUCAGGGGGCUGGGUUGNACAGUUAG